AUAUUCACGAAAUAUAUAUUGGAAAUGUAAAAGGGGAGAGGGAGAACAAGGCGUGCUUUGCGCUUGAGAGAGUUAAGUGGGAGCAAAUCGUAACUUUCGCGGGAGAGAGUGAGAGGGGGGAAAGAAAACAAAAGAAGGGGAAGAAAGGAAGUUGAGUUUGUUUGGGGUUGUUAAUGGCGAUUUGGACGAAGGGGGUAUAGAAGUUAAGAGUUUUGAGAAAAUCUGGCAUUUGGCUUUGUUUGACAACAGCUCAAAAAGGAUUGUUAUUUUUCGUGGCUUUUCUCGGUGAUUGGCCUUGCUGGGUCUUUGAAUUUCUCGUCCUUUGGCUUUGUAGGCUGUUAAAAAGAGAAACUCUAGCAGGAUUAAGAAAGGAAGACCUUGUAGUUUUAGCGCUUAAGGUGGUUUUCUGUUUUCUGGGGUUGAAAAUUGAAGCAAAGAAAGGAAGAGAAGCUUUAUAGAAAUGGAGUGGAGUGCUUGUUUGGAUGAGUAUGAAAAACUUGUUUAUAGGAUGACCACUCCCAGGGUCGUCAUCGACAAUGCCGUUUGCCCCACUGCGACUCUUGUCAAGGUUGACAGUGCCAGGAAACAUGGAAUGUUGCUUCAUGCUGUUCAGGUUCUCACGGAUCUGAACCUUUCAAUUAAAAAAGCUUAUAUUUCUUCCGAUGGAAGGUGGUUCAUGGAUGUUUUUCAUGUGACUGAUCUGAACGGAAAUAAACUGACAGACGCGAGCGUUAUUGACUACAUUGAGCAGUCACUUGGUACCAUUCAUUAUGGCAGAACCCAUGAUUUUAGCGGCUUAACAGCAUUAGAACUAACCGGCACAGACAGGAUCGGCCUUCUUUCGGAGGUCUUUGCAGUGUUAGCUGACCUGCAAUGUGAUGUGGUGGAGGCUAAAGUUUGGACUCACAAUGGCCGAAUUGCUUCAUUAAUUCAUGUAAAGGACUGCAAUUCAGGGUCCCCAAUCGAGGACACACAACAAAUUGAUAGAAUUGAGGCUCGCUUAAGGAAUGUUCUGAAGGGGGAUAAUGACAUUAGGAGUGCCAAAACAUCAGUCUCAAUGGCAGUCACACAUACAGAGAGAAGAUUGCAUCAAAUGAUGUUUGCUGAUAGGGAUUAUGAAAGAAAGCCUAUUUUGCGGCUUAGUGCUGAUUCUCCAGUGGUGACAGUUCAGAAUUGGGUGGAGAGAGAUUAUUCAGUUGUUAAUGUUCAAUGCAAGGAUCGAAUGAAACUUUUGUUCGAUGUUGUUUGCACCUUGACAGACAUGGAAUAUGUUGUGUUUCAUGCCACAAUCAACACAGCUGGGGACAGAGCAUAUCUGGAAUUCUACAUUAAACACACUGAUGGAACCCCAAUUAGUUCAGAGCCGGAAAGGCAGCGGGUAAUUCAGUGUUUACAAGCUGCAGUUGAGAGAAGAGCAUCCGAGGGUGUAAGGCUAGAGUUAUGCACUCCAGAUAGACAAGGCCUUUUAGCAGAUGUGACAAGAACUUUUAGAGAGAAUGGUCUUAAUGUGACAAGGGCUGAGAUAUCCACUUCAAGUGAGAUGGCUGUAAACGUAUUCUAUGUAACAGAUGCAAUUGGUAACCCUGCAGAUCCUAAGAUAAUCGACUCCGUUCGACAGAAAAUUGGAUUGAGUAAUUUGAAAGUUAAGGAAUUGCCCCCACUGGUAUACCAUCAAGAGGCGCAAAGGGAAGAGCAGGGGGUAGGAGUUGCUGGGACAGUGUUGCUAUCACUUGGGGACCUAGUGAGAAGGAAUCUGUACAACUUGGGAUUGAUCAGAUCAUAUUCUUAAAGUGGAACAUAAAAGGUAAUUUGGAUUAAGAAAGAGAUUUGUGAUAUUCUUUGCUUCAGGUUUGGGCUUGUGUUGUGUACAUACGGCAAAAGGUGGAAUUUGGUGAUAGUAGCAUUAGUAGUAGUUGGUUUGGUUGGUUGAAUAGGUAGAGACAGAUUGGGGGUUUGGUCCACCACCAUAUAAUAUACAUAUUAUAUAUUUGAAAGAUAGAUAUUGCUUGGUUUGAAGGAAAGAUCUGAAAUUGGAGAAGGAAAUACUGAUGAAUAGAAGAAAGUAAAGAUGGUGUGGGUGGAGGAUUGUGAUAAUUGAAUAUAAGCAUUGUGCUGGCAGAAACAGAAAAAAUUAGGUAGAUUUGAAAACAAUGCCUUCAUAUACGGCACACAGUUGUACAUAACGACCUCUUAAUAUAUUAGCUUUAAUGGUUGACUUGAUUAUUCUUUA